CACGGGCUCCUGCCCUCCCCCAGCCCGGUGACUCUGGGUGUUUUCCUGUUUGGCUCCUACCUUUUGCACUGAUCCUGGGGACUGGGGACAGUGACAGCUCAGCUGCUGUCCCUGCAGGAACCAGCCUCUGCCCACUUACACCCCAGAGAUAUUACCCUGGGGGCUUUCCAGGGCUCACAUCUUCCUAAUUCUCUCUCCCCAGGAGGGGCUGGAGCCCUGCACCCAGACGUGCUUUGCUGCCAGCAGUCGACUGGGACCCAACAACAUCUUGCAGUGUGUGCUUCACUGAAGAUCAGCUGUUGGAAAUAAACCCAACUCAGGGGCAGAAAGGACCGUGCUGGAGUUGGUGGCUCCAGCUAGGUUGGUUGCAUUCCACUGACAGCAGCAUCCAGGCUCACGGAGGAGCCCCCAGCCUGCUUUUGAGCAACAGACCCCUUCUGCAUUGCCUUUGUUGGGAACCAGCCAUCUAAACUAUAAUUAAAGAAGAAAAGUGUGAAGGACAAGUGUGGAAAAACAAGAUGUUGGUGCGGUCUAAUGACACAGCCCUGAAUUCACUCCUCUCCAAGCUGCUUCAGGACUGCCUGGAGCAGAUGAAUAGCUCAGCACCUGCUCAGGUCAGAAGUGCCAGCAGCAGCCUGGAAAUCAUCUACGUGCUCCUGAUGAUUGGCCUAUUCGGCUUCUUCACCGUGGGAGUCAUGCUGACCAACAUCCGCGCCAGGAGGCUGGAGGACUCCCGCGACCCCUACACCACCUACAUUGCCUCAGACAUUUGGCACAAGAAGGACAGGCAGUAUUUUCAAGCCAAGCUCAUAGAAAAUUACAAGCUGUGCUGUGUCUUUGAAAACCAGCUGGCUGUGGAGCAGCCAAGCAUGCAGAUUCCUGAGGCAAAGUCUUCCUAGCAAAACAGGAGAAAGGAUUGGAUGUUGCACAGGGACAACCCAACCGAUACCUGGUAUGAACCAGGCCAGCUUCUUGCCUGCCUGCAGAGCUGCAGGCAGCGGCCUCAGUCAGGCUGAAUAACUGUGAACUGCUUGUGAAGCUGAUGGGUCUGUGAUGGCCCUGGUGCUGCAAAAGUGUCUGGUCACCAGUACCUUGUUGUAGUCACUGUAGGGCUGAAGACAGAGGGAGUAUUAUGGACUCAUCAGCUUCACUAGCAAAAAACCCAAAUGUCAGCAUUGCCACUGUGAACACUUGCAGUAGUCAAUGUAAUUAAAACCAAAUUGGAUCAAACGCAAGCUACAGAGGUGUUAACUGCCAAGUAUGGUUUAGACAAUCAUUUUCAAGUAAGACCAGUUUCUUCUGUGAAAAAGUAGCUGAAAUAUUUCACUUUCAUUUUUGUCCACCAUAGAAUGAUCAUUUUAUAAAUCUUACAAGGUUGUGGAUGCCUACUUUUUUCAGAAUCAUAUACCUCUUUGGGAUAAAAUUUUAGAAAAAUAUUCCCAUUUUUGAAAACCAUUUCUGUGGGAAAAUGCAUACUUUGGAGGGAAAUUUUUUAGUGACUGUCCUUAAUUCCUUAGCAGGUCCCCCAAACUGGACCUCUCUGCUGAGCUGCAGGAGCACGGUGGCAGCCGAACUCUGCUUCUGCGGCAGCAGCUAUCAUCUGCCUCUGUUAAAAGGGAGAAAUAUGGCUCCCCUGGACAUUGUGUUACUCAAAAUAGCAGCCUUGCCAGCUUGAAGACUGUUUUCUUGUUUGGGAUCAAAGAAGCAAUGGUCUGGGUAGGAAGGGAUUUUUAUUUCUGCUCUGCAGAUACACCUCCCAUUUUUAGCUUCUGGAGAGGAAAGAGAAGUGGGAAAGGCUUGAAAGAAAGUCGUGCAGAGCAGCCACUUCAAAGGCGAGGCGAGGGCAGAUAGCUACCCAAGUAUUUGGACAGGCACAUGAUACCAGUCACAGCAUAUCCCUUUUCCAUGCAUAGGUACUUCUUUAGCACUGCACUUUCAUUUAAGUAAUAUUCCAGCUAUGUUUGUGCUCCCAGAAUACUUAGGACAAUUAAAAAUGCAGGGUAUUUUUAAAAAAGAUAUUUAUAAGGUGCUUACCACUAAGCUGAGGACAAGAUGCAUGUUUUCAGUGUCUUGAACAGCUUGGAGAAUCUCCAUCAGCUUAAUUAUCCCAGUCACUUUUUCCUCUAGAGGAAUGUAAACCAAAGCCAAGCUUUGGAAAAAUGUUGACUUCUCAGCUUGGGCACUGCUCUUUUGGGAUCACACCAUGCAAUCCGUUUAUUACUUGCAUUUCCCUUCCCCUGUGAGGGUGCAAAUGUUCUUGCUUGCUGGCUCUCCAGAGGCAGGCCUGUGCAGCAUUGCUGACAAUGUUUAAACUUGCAUCAAAAAUGCCCUUUAAUUACAUUAAAACCUUUGAACAUUAAGCCUCUCAAAAGGGGCUCCCUCCUGCAGCUCUCUCUCCACCCCAAGUGUUUUCAGGUAUUUUGGGUCUAGGCAUUUGUUGACCACCUCAUUUUAAUAGAUCCUGUGUAGAUAUUUGCAAUAAAUUUACUUUUAUUUUAUUGCUAUUUGUUGUUUGUCAGCAUGAGUUGGCUUCCACUUUAUUUUUUUUUUUCCAGAUCUGCCAUUUUAUUUAAAAAAGAGGGGAACCACUGUGCCUUAGUCAUAAUGCUCUUCGGUGCUACCAGACUACAAAUCACCUUUCUCUGGCAGUUGUAGGCUCCCACUGUAGGCUUUCACAUUACCUCUCUUGCAGUCCUCUUUUUUACCCCUAUUUUUUCACUUGUACAAAGCAACAAAAUAUGAACUACAAACUGCACUUGUGGUCUGUCCUGGUUUUGGCUGGGAUAGAGUUAAUUUUCUUAGUAGCUGGUGCAGUGCUCUUUCAGAUUUAGUAUGAGAGUAAUGUUGGAAACACACAAUGUUUUAGUUGUUGCUAAGUAGUGCUUAUUCUAAAUGAAGAACUUUUCAAGUUUUCCAUGCUCUGCCGGUGAGGAGGUGCACAAGAAGCUGGGGGGGGGGACACUGCCAGGAUGGCUGACCCGAACUAGCCAAAGGGAUGUUCCAUACCAUAGAAGAGGCUCAGUAUAUAAACUGAGGGGGAGUUGGCCAGGAAGCACCAGUCACUGCCUGGGGUCUUGCUGGGCAUCAAUCAGCAGGUGGUGAGCAACUGUACUGGGCAUCACUUGUGGUUUUUUUCCCUUGAAUUUUAUUCCUCUCUCUCUUUUCAUUACAAUUGUUUUUAUCAUUAUUAUUACAUUUGACUUUAUUUCAGUUAUUAAGCUGUUCUUAUCUCAACUCAUGGGUUUUA